AAGCAUAGAUAAGAUGGUAGUCGUAGGAUUGUAUGUACGUGCACAAAUGGAUAACGUAGCAGCGCUCCGUAUUCCUGAAAAACACUAUUGGACAUUUGCGCUUAAGGACUCUGUUGGCUACGAGACACGAGAUUUUGUAACCAUCAGCGACGAACAGCUGGUAGAAGCAGAAAACACACGCAAUGUAGUACAUGCGUCAAUAUCUUUCAAGGAAACAAGCCGCAGAGGGACUAUUACUAUCAAGACAGUUAAAGGGGUUACGCAAAAUGAAAUAACGGAACCGAACAAAUUUACUUGUAUAGGAGCGUUCGACUGCCGAGGACUUGAUAUCACCCAAUGGUAUCCGCGGGGAGGCUACGAGGUGGUAUGCGAAAGUGGGACUGUCAUCCCAGAUGUAGAAUUCGAUGCCACAGGCGCAUGGGUGGGAUUCGACGAAAAGGCAGGCGUUUCAGUAUCAGUUAUGGAACUUGAAUAUGAGUUGAGGACGCUGUAAACGCUAGAGUCCAC